AUGGAGAUGGAGUCGAGAUCUGCGCGCCGCCCGCUGCCCGACCGCAUCAGCGCCCUCCCCGACGACCUCCUCCUCCUCAUCCUCCCCCGCCUCGGAUGCGCCGCCGCCGCCGCGCGCACCGCCGCCCUCUCCCGCCGGUGGCGCGGGGCCGGCCUCUGGCCCCGCCUCCGCCGGAUCGUCCUCCGCGACGUGCCCUUUCCCUCGCUCGAAGCGGCGCUCGGCGGCGUCUCCGCGCCCCCGCCCGCGGUUUCCCUCCUGCAAAUCCGCAUCACCGACAAGCGCCUCCCCGAGCACAGCCGGCCCGACUCCGCCCGCGUCAACUCGCUGCUGCUCGCCGCCGCGCGGCUCCAGCCGGAGGAGCUCGCCGUGGCCCUCCCCUCGGGCUUGAUAGACGGCACCCUCGCCCUCGACCUCUCCUGCUUCCAGCGCACCACCUCCAUCGUGCUGGACAUCUUUUCCGUCCUCCUCGUCGUGCCCGCCGGCGUCGAGUUCCCCGCGCUCCAGAAGCUGUCCCUGCUGUGCUGCCACCCGGACCUCGACCUCGGCUCCUUCAUCCCCUGCUGCCCCCGCCUGCGCACGCUCUGGCUUGACGGCUUCUUCUUCCAAGAGGGCGUCCUCAGCAUCGACUCUGCGUCGCUGCAGGAGCUUGUCGUGGACAGCGAGAAGGGAUUGGCAGAGCAUAUCAACAUUGUUGCCCCCAUGCUCAAGCGAUUGACCAUGUCCUUCCUCUCCUCGGGGCUCAGCAUCUCCGUCUUGGCACCAAUGCUCGACAAGGUCUCAUGGCGCUGCUGCUAUACCAGACACUCUGUUUGGUUUGGUAUUUGGCGACUAAAAGAGGUGUUGCUACGGACGGCAGACACACAAGGACAACUCCUCUCGCUGCGCAUUCAUCUUGCAGCAGGUUGGUCUUUUCCUAACGGCGAAGAGGGCAACUUUACGCAUGAGAUCGAGAAGCAUAUGAUUGCCAACUUCUCUGUUUUGGAGCUAUAUAUCACAAGGGAGGAGCAUGUUUAUGGAGCACCCGUGUUUCAUCUCCUAGGGAUGAACCAAAUUCGUAGUGCUAUGCAGAAGCUUAAGAUCACUCUACCGGGACCAGCGAUAAUAUUCUGCUCUGAAUGA